UCGAAGUUAUACAGACUCAAAAUCGUUCCAAAACCGCGCUCGCUACUGAGAGGGGAGUGAAUUUAAAUGUUUCAAGUUUAUUAAAACGUGCUGAAGAGAGUGUAUCGGAGUUCUGUAAAAACAUAGCUUGCCGAGACGCCGGCGGUUAUUAGACGUUUGCAGCACAGUGGUACGGCGCUAGAUCGGGCUCGAACAAACAUACGACCUAGCGUGAAGUUGAGAUAUGACGUGGAAUCCGCUGGGGUUUCAACUGGGAGCUGCCCUAUCAUUCAACUGAAUCGCAGUGGAGAAAUAUUUAUAUGAAAUACUAUAGUUUACCUUUACGCAAAAAUAUUGACGAUUGUUUUGCGUUUUGUGCUAGAGUUCCAGCAAUUUUCACAGCAAGGGACUUCUGUUUGGAAGUAAUAUAUCUUAUUAAUAACUUUGCCUUUGUAGGCAUGUGAGAAAAAAACGGACUAAAAAGGAUUUUGAUCGUGUGUUAAUGUGUUUGAUUACUCUUAGUUAUUUAUAAAAAGUGCAAUUAAAUCUGUCAAAAUGAUUAACCCGUUUAUGGACACACCGCACACUCCGCACCUUCCUCCGGGGGCCAUGAAACUCAGCCCGCCCCACAUGUCGGACGGAAGCAGCAUCCACAACCAGCUGAACCAGUAUGUGCCGCAGACCAACGGCUACAGCGUCGGCAUGCCGACCUCUCACUUGUCCAGCUAUGCAUCGCGUGACUAUCUGCUCCGUCGGGACAUGGGUCUGCAGAGCCACGAGUCGAAUAGCAUGUUCAUUCCAUCUUCGGGGAGCUACCACAGCACGCAUCACGACACAGGAAGUAGUCAUGUGCUGUUUCCUGGCAUCCACGACGCCACAACACACCCCGGAAGCCAGUUCAACAGCCAGAUGAGGCUCGGACUUGCCGGCGCGGAUAUGUACUCUCGUGACCACUUCAACCAGAUGUCCGCCCCGCGGGCUGACCAUUUCUCCCACCAGCCGCAUUUCAACACAAUGAAUCCCAUGAACGCCAUGAACCACAUGUCCAUGGGACCACACGGACCAGGCGCCUUCUUCCGGUACAUGCGGCCACCUAUCAAACAAGAACAUACGUGCCUUUGGUCGGAUAAGGACCAACCGGAACCAAAGAAACCGUGUAACAAGACUUUUACAACCAUGCACGAAAUUGUGACCCACAUUACGGUAGAGCAUGUUGGUGGUCCCGAGCAGACGGACCACGCGUGCUACUGGCAGAACUGCCCGAGGGACGGGCGACCCUUCAAGGCCAAAUACAAGCUGGUGAACCACAUCCGGGUGCACACGGGAGAGAAACCGUUUCCUUGUCCGUUUCCGGGAUGCGGGAAGGUGUUUGCGCGCAGCGAGAACCUUAAGAUACACAAACGAACACACACCGGCGAGAAGCCAUUCAAGUGUGAGUUCGAUGGUUGUGACCGACGGUUUGCCAACAGCUCGGACCGGAAGAAGCACAGUCACGUGCACACGAGCGACAAGCCGUACAACUGUAAGAUCCGGGGCUGUGACAAGAGCUACACGCACCCGAGCUCACUCCGGAAACACAUGAAGGUGCACGGGAAAACGUCGCCAAUUCCGGAGGACUACGAUUCCGACGAUGACUGUCAUAGCAACGAUGAGUCAAUGUCGUCACCGGUGGACAUUAAGCCCCAUCCAGCAGGCACGCCUACUCCGGUUAAUUCUCAAUCUAACAACAGUGGACUGGCGUCAAAUACGUCCAGUCCGCCGUUGACGUCAGCGAACCAUCAUAGUUUAUCCCAAGACUCGCACAAUGGAACAAAAUUCAGUGAAUGGUAUGUGUGUCAGACGGCCGGAGGGAUGCCAACACCGCCAAGUAACGAACACUCGCCUAUUGGCGGCCUCGGCAGCCAUAUGCACUCACAUUUACCGACGCUACAUCCGCCGUCCCUUGUGCAAUACUCGUGACGUUAGGCCUCACUCGUAACGUUACGCUUAAAUUGUUACGAUAGGUUUCACUCGUGGCGUUAACUUGAUAUUCUACAAGGACUGCAGUAGAGAUACAAGACAACGAGGCUAAAAGAGAUUUUUGGAGAAGUAUUUAUCCAUAUUAUUUUCCAUCUCCGCCUAGAGUUGUAGCUUUGUGGAGUUAACAACAUACCAGAGGCAGCAAAGCUUGUGUCUUGGGUGCGCAUGAAGACAUGAUAAGCUUACAUGAGCAUGUUAUUACCAAAGACUUUGAACCCCUCUUUGUGAUUCAGAGAUGGUUACGUAUAUUACACGUAUUGUGAAGAAUGUGAAACGUAAUGAUAUCAUUUCUGUAUACCAUAUGAACAGUGUUGUGCACCUGCACCAACGCAAACUUUCUAACAAGUGUUCAUUUGUUGUGCAGGUUAUGUGUUACAAACUGUAACUGUGCUUUAAUUUCGUGGCCAUAUCGUGAUAAUGUGAUUUUAAGAGGUACAUUUUGUCAGAACGGUUACCCUUUAUAUGUUGCCGUUUAUUAGAUUUUUACGCAUUUUACGCAAAUAAAAAAAAACACUGUUAAUACACAUGCAGGUCUAUAACGGUUUAAAAGUGAAAACAUUCUUAUCCAUUUAAAAAAAAUCAGCCUUGGAAUCGUAUUAUAAGAAGCAUGAUUUAGAUAAAAGAUUCAUUUUGAAAAAAAUAAAAUAAAAUAUGUUUAUAUUGCACCUUUUAACAUAUUUACCAAAAACAACACUUUCUCAGUACACUGUAUUAUUAUUUUGUAAACAAGUUUUGCUUUUAAAAUGUGCUUUUUGUUUUGUAAAACAUAUCAUGACUUUGCACAGAAGAGCAAAAGUUACCAAAUGAAGCUAAACCUUACCAAAUUUUAUUCAAUGCUCCAUGUUCUAAACAGACACGAAUCGUGGACUCGUAUCUACCUCAUGACAACUUUUUUAUUUGUUGGUAAAUAUUUAUGUGACAGUCAGGUUUGAAAAUGGCGGGCCAGUACACUUUAAACUGUGUUAGAGUGGACUAAUCUGCAAAGAAUACAAUUAUCGUUUAUAAUAUACUAAAAUGAUAAUAAAUAAUAAGAGGACUGAUUUAAUUCUAAGGCUCCGAUUUAUAAACGCUAAACAGCGUUUUUAUUCAUUAAAUUUGAAAUCCAUAUGUUGGCCUGAAUGGGAUUUAUAUCUAUUUUGAAUGACUUUAAGACACCCCGCAACGAACUCAUAAAAGCCCGGCAUUUUUUGCUCCGGUGUGCCGGGUUUUGCACAGCCGGUGUUUUUAAUAUAUGGAAUAUCAUUAUUGUCAUGGUAAUAAUAUAUGUUCUACUUUUAAUGAAUUGAUAUCCUAGCGUAGGCGUUUUGUUUUUAAUGACAUUACCUUAAGACAGAUGAGGACUUGAUUUUUUUUAAGAUGGCGGUGUUUAAAGUAACUACUUUAAUUUGUUAAAAUCUAGUUUUUGAAUCGUUUUCAUUGUCUUUUGUUAGUCUAACUUAACCUAAACUUGUUUAGUUUAAUUUUAAUAAUCAUGAAAUGAAAUUGUAGUAGGUCAACACUGUACUGGUCUAGUUAUUGUCCUUUCUUGCCAUUCAAAUGUAUGUAUUAUUCUUAUUCAUGCUUUUGAAAUACUGUUUCUCGAUUUUGUUGAUUUAAAAUGGAUGAACUAUAAAAUUAAUUACGAACACAGUGAUCCUUGAAUAAUUCAAUAUUUAUUUCAGAACGUAAUACAAAGUUCUGUUCUUUGCAUAAUAUAUUGUACUUUUUGUUCUUGUGUUAUAAAAACACGUUAUUAUGUUUACUGUGUACAAUGCCAGAUCUGUUAAAACGUUAAAUAUAUGUGUCUGCUUAUUUUGUACGUGUAAAUUUAAGUUAUUAUAUAUAGAUGACGUAUUAUAAAAUAUGAAUUUGCAAUUUAAAUGAUCAAUAAACUUGAAAUAAAUUUUAAGAAAUA